UGCAGCAGCGCCUCCUUUUCGCUGACAGGCAAAACUCGGUUGAUGUGCUAGAUACUUUGUCUUGAACUACUUAUCCUUCAAGCAAUCUCCUGUACAGGCAGCAGCUAGAACAGCCCUGUGAAAUACAGUCACGAUGCCUAGACAUGAAAAGCCAACCACCGUUGAGAAUGCUGUGGGCAUUGAAGUUGACAAUGAAGAAGGCAGCGCAGCUGAGAGCGAAGAUGACGACAGCAAAAUAGAUGAAGAAGAAUCUGAAAAAGAGAAGAAAGUAACUGCCAAAACCAGAAGAGGAAAUGCCAGAGGGAGAGCCAGAAAGGAUUCGGAGGAGGAAGAGGAGACGAGGACAGCUGGGCAACGCAGACAGAGAAACAGGAGAGCACAGAGGAAACAGGCUGGGAAUGAGGACAGUGAUUCUGAUGAGGAAUCCUGCAAAAACAAGAAGAACAGGGCAAAUCAGAUAUCCAAGCAGCAGGAGCCCAAUGAGGAUGGAGAAGAUGACAAUAAAGGGGGCAGAAAAGGAAGAGGCAAAAAUGAGACCAAACAGGAAAAAAAACCUGAUGAGAAAGGGAAAAAGGAGAAGGACAACAAGAAAAAGAAGGAUAAAAAGAAGAAAGGUUCCUCAAGCUCUGACUCCGACUCUGAAGAGGAGCCAAUUACGGAGGAGGAAUUGGCCAAGCUGAAGGAAGAGGUAGAAGAGAAAAAGAAACUAAUUGCCACAUUACGAAACAAACCAUGGCAGAUGAAAAAGAAACUAGACGUCCUGAAGGAAGCCCAGCUUUUUGUAGAAAAAUUUGAAGGUGCACUUGGAAAAGGAAAAGGGAAAAAGUUUUAUGCAUACAAAGUGAUGAUGACAAAGAAAUGGAUGAAAUUUCAACGAGAUUUUGAGAAUUUUAAAACAGCCUGCAUACCAUGGGAAAUGAAAAUCAAAGAGAUUGAAAGUCAUUUUGGCUCUUCAGUAGCUUCUUAUUUCAUAUUCUUGCGCUGGAUGUAUGGAAUAAAUAUGAUUCUCUUCGGAUUGACAUUUGGCCUUGUAAUGGUGCCUGAGGUGCUGAUGGGGAAACCAUAUGGCACGUUACCUAGAAAAACUGUCCCGAGAGCUGAAGAAAGAACUGCUAUGAAUUUUGCAACUUUGUGGGACUUUAGUGGCCUUGCACAGUAUUCUGUGCUCUUUUAUGGCUAUUACAACAACCAGAGAACAAUUGGCUGGCUGAAGUUCAGGAUGCCUCUUUCCUAUUUCCUUGUGGGAGUUGGGACCAUUGCCUAUAGCUACAUGGUUGUCAUCCGAACAAUGGCAAGGAAUGCAAAUGAGGAAGGUGGUGGGGAUGAUACAAGUUUUAAUUUCAGCUGGAAAAUGUUCACUAGCUGGGAUUACCUGAUCGGCAAUCCUGAAACAGCAGAUAAUAAGUUUGCCUCAAUCACAACAAGCUUUAAGGAAGCUAUUGUGGAGGAGCAGGAGAACCGAAAAGAAGAAAACAUUCACCUAACCCGAUUCCUGAGAGUUCUUGCUAACUUCCUGGCCCUGUGCACACUGGCCGGGAGUGGUUACCUCAUCUAUUUUGUUGUGAGGAGAUCCCAGAAGUUUGCCCUGGAGGGCCUGGAUAACUAUGGCUGGUGGGAGAGAAAUGAAGUGAACAUGGUCAUGUCUCUCUUGGGAAUGUUCUGUCCAACUUUAUUUGAUGUAAUCAGUUCUCUGGAAAAUUACCACCCUCGAAUAGCUCUGAGAUGGCAGCUGGGGCGCAUCUUUGCUCUCUUCUUGGGCAAUCUAUACACAUUCAUCAUUGCCCUGAUGGAUGAGAUCAAUCUCAAGCUGGAAGAAGAGAAGAUAGUGAAGUAUAACAUGACAAUAUGGGAAGCCAGCCUCUACAAUGGUACGAUACCAGAAAAUGCCACUGCUCCUCCAAUACAGGUGGAUCCUGCAGAUGUCCCUAGAGGGCCAUGUUGGGAAACAAUGGUAGGGCAGGAAUUUGUGCGACUGACAAUCUCUGACACUAUGACAACAUACAUCACAAUUAUAAUUGGGGAUUUCCUGAGAGCCGUCUUUGUCAGGUUUUUCAAUUACUGCUGGUGCUGGGACUUGGAGUAUGGAUUUCCUUCAUAUUCAGAGUUUGAUAUAAGUGGAAAUGUGCUGGGACUGAUCUUUAACCAAGGCAUGAUCUGGAUGGGUUCUUUUUACGCUCCAGGCCUGCCAGCUAUCAAUGUGUUUCGUCUCCACACCUCGAUGUAUCUGCAAUGCUGGGCUGUGAUGUGCUGCAAUGUCCCCCAUGAGAGGGUCUUCAAAGCCUCUAGAUCCAAUAACUUCUACAUGGCCAUGCUGCUCUUUAUUCUCUUCCUCUCCACUCUGCCUGCCGUGUACACUAUUGUCUCUAUCCCACCGUCCUUUGACUGCGGCCCAUUCAGUGGGAAAACUAGAAUGUUUGAGGUCAUUUCAGAAACCUUAGAGAAUGACUUCCCUUCCUGGUUUGGGAAAGUAUUUAGUUAUGCUUCUAACCCUGGACUGAUCUUGCCCUUCAUAUUGCUUAUGGUAUUGAGUAUCUAUUAUCUCAAUGCUACAUCCAAAACCUACAAGGAAGCUAACUUGGAUCUCAAAAAGAAGCUACAAAGUCAAGCUGAGGAAAACAAAAAGAGAAACAAACAAAAAGCACAACAGUCACGGGAGAUGGAAGAAAACUCCCUUGAGACUAAACCCAAGCAGCAAGGAAGCAAACAAGACUCCGCAGCAGAUCAAGGUACCCAGAAAGGACAAGGUGACAAAGAGUCUAAGAAAAAGACCAGCCACCAACACGAAGCAAGCCCCUCUCAGCAGCACAGCCCUGGCCCAAAUGUUCAUUAUUCCUCGCAUGGCAGAGGAGGAAGCCUUACUCCACCCCCACACAUAGCUGUGACUCGACCACCAGUGCCAAGAGGAUAUGGCAUGCCCGGCUACCCCCCCAGAAAUCCACGCUUUGAAGGUUUUCCUGGAGGACACCCAAGAAUGCCAAGGGGCACUCCUAACUAUAGAUAAUAAGGCUCUUCUACACUUUCCUCUAGUAAAAGUGAACUACAGGAUUAUAUGGUACAAUCCUGGCAAAAAAAAUGGCCCUGAUUCAACCAAUAAGUGAGGUGUCCCAUUGAUUUCAAUGCGACUCCUCCUGUGCAUGAAGUUGCUCAGUGUAUUUUCAGGAUUGGAGGCUUCAGUACCAAUAUUUAACAGAAACCACUGCAUUAGUCUUCUUGUUAAUCUGAAUGUCUUGGAAAGAUGUAUGUUGUCAUGAGUGUCAAAGUGUUUCUAAGUAUAUAAAUAUUUAUGAUGAGAAUGAAAAUGUUAAUUUAUUCUUGCAUAAGUUUCUCAGUGUGUUUCUGUAGCAUCUCAUUGUUACUUCAUUUAUUUUUAAAACCACAGGUAAUUGUCAAUAUAAUUGCUUGGAAAUU